AUUUGUCAUUCCGCGCUUAUACAACACACUGACACCACGCCUCUCCACUUAACUAGUGGCUAAACGAGCAAAUGGAAUAAACGCGGUCUAUUCGCGAGUCUCGCCUGCAGGUUCUUGGUUCAAUUUUAACAUUCCAUCCGUUUAACUUCCUCAGUGACUGGCGGCGAAACUUACAGUAGUUAAACGUGAAAGUAUGCGGAUAAAUCCCUAAAGUUAAUAAAUGUUUGGACUACUAGAGUGUGUGAAAAAGAUUAAAGUACUAUGAUAUAUAGUUUUAUGAAAGUGCGAAUCUACCCAUACAGAGCUAUAAUUAGCUAGACGAAUCGGGCGCCAUCAGUUUACAAAGCAAUGAAAUUGUAGACAGUAGUUUGACACGGGUUAGAGUGUUGUCGGUGACUUAAGUUGGGUCGGAAGCAAAGGAGAGGAGUGUGUACGAGAUGUCGGUGACGACUACAACCACGACGAUGCUGAGCGCGCGGCGCGGCGCCGGCCCCGAGCCCCGCAUCAACGGCCUGCUCAAGCACCCGCAGCCGCCCACAGACCUUCCCUCACUGAGAUUCGCGGCGCCAUUCAGCACAGACCCGAUGGCGGUGGCGGAGCGCGAGCGCUGCGCGUACGGGCGCGUGUCGCGUGCGGCGGCCGCGGCGGGCACGGCGGGCCGCCGCGUGCGCGUCUACUCGGAUGGCAUCUACGACGUGUUCCACCAAGGUCACGCGCGCCAGCUGCAGCAGGCCAAAGCCGUCUUUCCCAACGUCUACCUCAUCGUCGGAGUGUGCAACGACCAGCUGACGCACAGUCGCAAGGGCCGCACGGUGAUGACGGAGGACGAGCGCUACGAGGCCGUCCGCCACUGCCGCUACGUCGAUGAGGUGGUGCGGGACGCGCCGUGGGAAUACGACGAGGCGUUCAUGGAACAGCACAAGAUCGACUUCGUGGCGCACGACGACAUCCCCUACACCACUGAGGACUGCGACGACACCUACGCCAUAUUCAAGGCCAAGGACAUGUUCGUCGCCACCGAGCGCACCGAAGGCGUGUCGACGUCGGACAUCGUGGCGCGGAUCGUGCGCGACUACGACAUCUACGUGCGGCGCAACCUGGCGCGCGGCUACUCCGCCAAGGAGCUCAACGUGUCCUUCCUCAACGAGAAGAAGUUCCGCCUGCAGAACAAGAUGGACGAGCUCAAGGACAAGGGCAAGAAGGUAAUGACGAACAUCGGCGAGAAGCGCGUCGACAUCCUGACGAAGUGGGAGGAGAAGUCGCGCGAGCUGAUCGACGCGUUCCUGCUGCUGUUCGGGCCGGACGGGCGGCUGUCCAGCAUCUGGAACGAGUCCAAGGGGCGGCUCAUGCAGGCGCUCAGCCAACCGCCGUCGCCGCGCGCCUCGCCGCCGCCCAGCGAGAACGGCGACGACUCCCAGGACCGCGCGCUCGCGCUCGCCUCCGCCCACGCCUCCGCGCCCGCGCUCGCGCGCGCCCUUGCACACGCUCGCGCGCAUAGAAGCUCAGCUUCGCCGCCGCCACCCAAAUCGCGCCGUUACGAGACGCUGUGGGAGCCGCAAGCAGAUGCGUCGAGCUCUGAAGGGUUGGGGGCGGAAGCGGCCGCACUCCGCCAGCUGACGGACGACGGUUCGGACAGCGACGAUGACUACCAGGACACCAGCGCCUACCUCUAGGCUCCACCACAGCCGCAGCCGCUACCGCCACCGAUGUACAUUGUACCAAUAUCCGUUGUCGGAAAACCAGAGAUAUGGAGCCCAGUUUCAGACAAAACGAUUUGAGGGAAAUAGUAAGUUGAACUUGGGACUAAAAUGUAGGUUCUUAUAACGUCUGAGUAAUGUACAUCGGUGCCACUCGAGUGGGAGUUGUACAAGUUGACGUACGAUUGGUAAAAUAUAUUUUCGAGCUGUUAUUUAAAUUAUUUUAUAGAGUAUGUUACAUCUGAAAUUUUUGUAUGAAUACUGUUUGAGUGAAUGUAUUUAAUCCUUAUAGUCUUAAUAACGUAUUAUUUAUGUUUCUAUAAUAAAAAUCUCUUUAUAA